AUGUCUACGAAAAUUUUAGAUGAAUCGUUUUCAAUCGUUAAUCGAUUGCUCGCUGAAUACUCUACGACUAUUUUCUUUGCUACAACCGCUGUUGUGGCAAUAUGGUUAUUCAAUAAACUGUGGAUUAAUCGUCGGUUAUAUUCGAGUACAAUAUCGAUGAAAGGUAAAACUGUAUUAAUCACAGGUGCAAACGCUGGCAUUGGUUAUGAAACAGCAAAAGAUCUUCUUCAACGAGAUGCACGAGUAAUAAUGGCAUGUCGAAAUUUGAACAGAGGACAACAGUCAUUAAAUCAACUUGUUUCUGAAACUGGAUGUGAUGAAAAUAAUAUUCGCUUGAUGGAAUGUGAUUUAUGCUCAUUAGGCUCGGUUCGAGCUUUUGCUAAGUUAUACAACGAAGAAGAAGAACGAUUAGAUGUCUUAAUUUGUAAUGCUGGUCUCAGUUGGGCAUCGCCAAUGGUGACUGCAGAUGGUUUUAAUUCGAUAAUUCAAGCUAAUUAUCUUGGCCAUUUUCUUCUCACAUAUCUUCUAUUGGAUAAGUUAAAAAAAUGUCGACGAAGUCGUGUUAUUAAUGUUUCAUCGAAGCUACAUAACAAAAUAAAAUCGAUCAAUUGGCUCGAUGUUUUCACGCAGUCUCGAGCUCUUCCUUGGUUCGGUGCUUAUCCAUCAUCGAAACUAUUUCAAAUAUUAUCAACAGUCAAAUUAAGGCAACAACUAUAUGAUGAAGGUAUCGAUGUUUUUACAUUAACUCCCGGUUGGGUAUCGACUUCGCUCAGUAAUCCAACACCACAAGCUAUUGGCUGGCUUGGAUUCAUUUUCUGUUAUCCAUUGGUGCGUUUCUUAAAAUUUUUCAUGGCUAAAACGCCCAAAACUGGUGCUAGCACAGUUAUCUUUUGUGCUGUAGAACCGUCCCUAGAACAGUCAGAAGAUUUAUAUUUUCAAAAUUGUAAAGCUGUAAAACCAUCAUCAUUGGCCAUCAAUCAGUUAUCCGCUGAUCGACUUUGGAAGUUGAGUCGUACAGCGGUCGAACUUCAAUAA